AUGGGUGAACCUGUGGGAAUGAACAACCCACUGUUGAUUACUUCCCAUGGCACAGUCCGCUGGCUGGCGCCUAUUAUCCUCAAGAGUUCCUGCAAACUCAGUGUCCGUUAUUUUCCAUUCGACGAGCAGUUCUGCAGGCUCAAGUUUGCGUCCUGGACUUAUAGCAAUAGCUCUUUGCGUCUUGUGUCAGAAGAAACUGAAAUCCUACAGAACUAUACUGGUAAAUUACACACUCUGAAUAAAGGUUGACUGUUUAAUUCUUAAAACUCCAACAACAUAAUCAUCAUCAUCAUUAUCAUCAUGAGUCGGUAAGAAUCUCAUUUGCGUUAAUCUUUCCGUGCGUAAAUCUUCCAAAUCUCACGCAACGCUUCUGUAAAAAACUGCGCUCAUCACCGUUAAAUAUUUUUAACGGUCUAUCUCAACAUUCAACACUGCAUGACACACUGUUCGAUUGAAUGUUGAGCCGUGUGUCACGAGUCUAAUCAAGGUUUCUCUUUCACAGAAAGCGGCGAAUGGUACCUGGAAAAAGUCUACGAUCUGAAUUCAACAAGCAAAGCAACGCACUUGAGCGAGGAAAGCAAGUCAGCCGUGACGUAUGUGAUUCACAUACGCCGUGAGGUGUUCUACUACUUCGUCUACCUCAUCACG